GCUCCAUAGUCUCCGGUCUGGAUUCUUUGCAAGCUAGGGAGAGACAAGGCUGGACACAAAUUCAGCCAUAUUCUACUUCGUACCGAGCCACACCGGCUACCACUGUGGAGCCUAGCAAGAAAAAGGGAAUCACAUCAGAAAAGACAGCCACUCCCUAAAUUUGAGGACAUAACUCUUCUUUGAGGAGCGCUGAAUACUAUUUAUUUGGCAUGCGAUCGAGUUGAUAAUCCGAACGAGAGAAUGGACGACCGCCGGUCAACCUGAGUGAGAUUCGACGGGGGGAAAGCCCGACAUCCCAUUUUCUGAGUGGAAAGUACAGAUUUAUCGGGAUUAUAGCAAAUGGGACCAACAAGGCCUCGAGUCGGAUAGAUUUUAACAUCGUGGCAAUUCAUACAAACAAUUAGCAACUGUGAUACGUGAUUAUAAAAAUGUCGUGCUUAUUUUUUUAGCUGGCUAGGCUAGCCUAGCUACACGGCUAGCUAGCAAGUUGGGAGCAGAGCUCCGCAUUGGUCAAAUAAAUACUUUUUGGGGUGAGCUUUGAGAAGGCUAGGUUGCGUUCUUCUCCUAUAGCUACCGAUUCGGUGGAGCUAUUCAUUGGCGGAGGGAGUGGUAGCUAUCCGUCUAAUUAAUAGAAAAUGUCAGCGAAGGUGCGCCUGAAGAAGUUGGAGCAGUUGCUCUUGGACGGGACCCAAAAGAAUGCAAGUUCACUGAGCGUCGAAACGCUUCUGGAUAUAUUGAUAUGCUUGUACAACGAAUGCAGCAAUUCUCCUUUGAAACGGGAGAAGCAUGUGACAGAUUUUCUGGAAUGGGUGAAGCCGUUCACCACCACUGUGAAGGAGAUGCGUCUUCACAGAGAAGACUUCGAGAUGCUCAAGGUGAUUGGCCGAGGAGCAUUCGGAGAGGUGGCCGUGGUGAAGAUGAAGAACACAGAACGAGUGUACGCCAUGAAGAUCCUGAACAAGUGGGAGAUGCUCAAGAGAGCCGAGACGGCGUGUUUCCGCGAGGAGAGGAACGUGCUGGUGAACGGAGACUGCCAGUGGAUCACCACCCUGCACUACGCCUUCCAGGAUGACAACUACCUGUACCUGGUGAUGGACUACUACGUGGGCGGUGACCUCUUGACGUUGCUGAGCAAGUUUGAGGACCGCCUGCCGGAGGACAUGUCCAAGUUCUACGUAGCAGAGAUGGUGCUGGCCAUCCACUCCAUCCACCAGCAGCACUACGUCCACAGAGAUAUCAAGCCAGACAACGUGCUGCUGGACAUGAACGGCCACAUCCGCCUGGCUGACUUUGGCUCCUGUCUGAAGAUGAUGCAGGAUGGCACGGUCCAGUCUUCAGUAGCUGUCGGCACUCCGGACUACAUUUCCCCUGAGAUCCUGCAGGCCAUGGAGGACGGCAUGGGGAAGUACGGCCCCGAGUGCGACUGGUGGUCCCUGGGGGUGUGCAUGUACGAGAUGCUCUAUGGCGAGACCCCGUUUUACGCCGAGUCGCUGGUGGAGACCUACGGCAAGAUCAUGAACCACGAGGAGCGCUUCCAGUUCCCCUCCCACAUCAGCGACGUGUCGGAGGACGCCAAGGACCUGAUCCAGCGGCUCAUCUGCUCGCGCGAGCGCCGCCUCGGCCAGAACGGCAUCGGCGACUUCAAGGACCACCCGUUCUUCGCCGGCAUCGCCUGGGAACACAUCCGCUCCACCGAGGCCCCCUACAUCCCCGACGUCAGCUCGCCGUCCGACACGUCCAACUUCGACGUGGACGACGACGUGCUGAAGAACCCGGACAUCGCCCCUCAGGUGUCCCACACCGGCUUCACGGGUCAGCACCUGCCGUUCGUGGGCUUCACCUACACCACCGACAGCUGCUUCUCCGACCGUGGCAGCGUGGGCCGCGAGGUGCUGUCCGACGGGGGGUCCGUGGAGGGGGGCGGCGGGGGAGGAGAGGAGGUGGAGGCCUUUGAGAGCAGGAUCCGCCGGCUGGAGCAGGAGAAGCAGGAGCUGAACCGCAAGCUGCAAGAGUCAACCCUGGCGCUCCACGCCCCGGGUCGCGGAGCCGGCACUCUAGGUCGAGACAAGGAGAUGAAGAAGCUCAACGAGGAGAUAGACAGGCUCAAAAAGAAACUAUCAGACUCUGAUAGGCUGGAGCAGCAGCUGGAGGAGGCGGUCACCCUGCGGCAGGACUACGAGAGCUCCUCCUCCAAGCUGAAGGCCCUGGACAAGCAGGUGAAAGCCCUCAGGCAGGAGAAGGAAGACAUCCACAAGCAACUGGUGGAGUCCCUGGAGCGCCUCAAGUCCCAGACCAAGGAGCUGAAGGAGGCCCACUCCCAGAGGAAGCUGGCCCUACACGAGUUCUCGGAGCUGAGCGAGCGCAUGGCCGAGCUGCGCUCCACCAAGCAGCGCCUCUCCCGGCAGCUCCGCGACAAGGAGGAGGAGAUGGAGGCGGCCGUGCAGAAGGUGGACGCCAUGCGCCAGGACAUCCGCAAGACCGAGAAGGCCCGCAAGGAGCUGGAGGCCCAGUUGGAAGAUGCCAAGGCGGAGGCGUCAAAGGAGAGGAAGCUUCGGGAGCACAGCGAGGUCUACUCCAAACAGCUGGAGACAGAGCUGGAGACCCUCAAGAUGAAGCAGGGCAGCGGGCGCAGCGGGAGCGGGAGCCCCGAGUCCCAGCAGGAGCUGUCCAAGGUGAAGUCGGAGCUGGACAAGAAGGUGCUGUUCUACGAGGAGGAGCUGGUCCGCCGCGAGGCCUCGCACACCAGCGAGCUGAAGAGCCUGCGGAAGGAGCUGCACGACUCCGAGGGCCAGCAGCUGUCCCUCCACAAGGAGCUGCUCAUGCUCAAGGACAAGCUGGAGAAGAACAAGAGGGAGAGGCAAACCGAGAUGGACGAGUCAGUGGGCGCGCUGAAGGAGAAGUACGAGCGCGAGCGCAGCAUGCUGACCGAGGACAACCGCAAACUGACCACCGAGACAGACAGGCUGUGCACGUUUGUGGACAAGCUGACCGCCCAGAACCGUCAGCUGGAGGACGAGCUGCAGGACCUGGCCUCUAAGAAGGAGAGCGUGGCCCACUGGGAGGCCCAGAUCGCUGAGAUCAUCCAGUGGGUGAGCGACGAGAAGGACGCUCGUGGAUAUCUGCAGGCCUUGGCCUCCAAGAUGACCGAGGAGCUUGAGUCUCUCCGUAGCUCCAGCCUGGGCUCCAGACCCCUGGACCCGCUGUGGAAGGUGCGCCGCAGCCAGAAGCUGGACAUGUCGGCUCGCCUGGAGCUGCAGUCCGCCCUGGACGCAGAGAUCCGGGCCAAGCAGCUGGUGCAGGAGGAGCUGCGCAGGGUCAAGGCGGCCAACAUCUCCUUCGAGAGCAAACUGAAAGACUCGGAGGCCAGGAGCAGGGAUAUGGCCGAGAAGAUGGAGAGCAUGAAGAAGGAGUUGGAGGAGAGCCGCACACGCUCAGACAAAGGUCUCAAACUGCCCGACUUCCAGGACUCCAUUUUCGAGUACUUCAACACCUCUCCUCUCGCCCACGACCUGACGUUCAGAACCAGCUCUGUCAGCGAGGUGGACGCCACGCCCCACAGGGCAGACGUGCCGUCCUCGUCGCCCUCCGUGGCUUCCGAGCAGGAUUCAAAACCCCUGCUGCUACCCCCCACCACCCCCUCCCCAGUGUACCCGACAUCGCUGCUGACCACACCAAAGCCCAAAGCUCACCAGCUGAGCAUCAAGACCUUCUCCAGCCCCACCCAGUGCACUCACUGCACCUCCCUGAUGGUGGGUCUCAUCCGCCAGGGCUACGCCUGCGAAGUGUGCUCCUUCAUCUGCCACGUCUCCUGCAAGGACAACGCCCCCCUGGUGUGUCCCAUCCCCCCCGAGCAGGCCAAGAGGCCCCUGGGCAUCGACGUGCAGAGGGGCAUCGGCACCGCCUACAAGGGAUUUGUCAGGAUCCCCAAGCCCACCGGGGUGAAGAAGGGCUGGCAGCGAGCGUACGCCGUGGUGUGUGACUGUAAGCUCUUCCUGUACGAGGUGCCCGAGGGCAAGUCCACCCAGCCGGGCGUGGUGGCCAGUCAGGUCCUGGACCUCAGAGAUGAGGAGUUUUCUGUCAACUCUGUCCUGGCCUCCGACGUCAUCCACGCCACCCGGAAAGACGUCCCCUGCAUCUUUAGGGUGACGUCGUCUCUGCUGAGCUCGCCGGCGCGGGCCGUGUCGCUGCUGGUGCUGGCGGAGAGCGAGGCGGAGAAGAAGAGGUGGGUGGGCAUCCUGGAGGGCCUGCAGAGCAUCCUGGCCAAGAACCGGCUGAAGAACCGCGUGGUGCACGCCCUGCACGAGGCCUACGACUCCUCGCUGCCCGCCAUCAAGACCACGCUGUCGGCCGCCGUCGUGGAUCGGGAGCGCAUCGCCCUGGGCACAGAGGAGGGCCUGUUUGUAGUGGAGGUCACCAGAGAUGUGAUCGUGCGGGCGGGGGACAGCAAGAAGGUGCACCAGAUCGAGCUGAUCCCCAAAGAGAAGAUGGUGGCGCUGCUCUGCGGCCGCAACCGCCACGUCCACCUGCACCCCUGGGGCGUGCUGGAGGGCGCCGAGGGGGCCUUCGACAUCAAGCUGACGGAGACCAAGGGCUGCCAGGUCCUCGUCACGGGGACCCUGCGCCCCGGGGGCCCCGCCUGUAUGCUGGCCGCCGUCAAGCGCCAGGUGCUGUGCUACGAGAUCACGCGCGCCAAGCCGCACCACCGCAAGCUGUGGGAGGUGCAGGCCCCCGGCGUGGCCCAGUGGCUGGGCAUGGUGCGCGAGCGCCUGUGCGUGGGCUACCCGUCCGGCUUCGCCCUGCUGGCGCUGCAGGGCGAGUCGUCCCCCGUCAGCCUGGUGAGCCCCGGCGACCCGUCGCUGGCCUUCCUGGCCCAGCAGCCCCUGGACGCGCUGCACGCCCUGGAGGUGGGCUCGGCCGAGCUGCUGCUCUGCUUCAGCCAGCUGGGGAUCUACGUGGACCCGCAGGGCCGACGCUCCCGGGCCCAGGAGCUCAUGUGGCCCGCCACGCCGCUCGCCUGCAGUUCCAACUCCUCCUACCUCACGGUGUACAGUGAGUACGGAGUGGACGUGUUUGAUAUCCACACCACCGAGUGGGUCCAGACCAUCUCACUGAGGAGGAUAAGGCCUUUGAAUAUGGAGGGCACUUUAAACCUGCUGGGCUGUGAGCAACCUCGCCUCAUCUACUUCAGUAACGACUUAUCAGAAGGCGACCUGGCCAUCCCUGAGACGUCGGAGAACAGUAAGAAGCUGAUGGUCCGCACGCGCAGCAAGAGGAAGUUCCUCUUCAAAGUGCCCGAGGAGGAGAGGCUGCAGCAGAGGAGGGAGAUGCUGAGGGACCCUGAGCUGAGGUCCAAGAUGAUCUCCAACCCGAUCAACUUCAACCACGUGGCACACAUGGGCCCUGGCGACGGCAUGCAGGUUCUCAUGGAUCUGCCUCUGGCGAGCGAGGCCACCACCCCCUCCCCCUCCUCCUCCCGCCACCACGCCCUGAUCUCCCCGCCAAUCAACUUCGAGCACGUCUAUCACAUGAGCCCCGUGUCGGCGGGCCUCUACCUGCAGAAAGAGCCCACCUCCACCUCCGCCUCGCAGCAGAGCCUGCCUCAGCUCUCCUCCUCCUCCUCCUCUCCCUCCACCUCCUCCCUGGGAAGGAGCGUGCUGCAUUCCCAGGACGACGCGGCGAAAGACAAGCCCCGCCCGCUCUCCAGUAUCUCCCGGCAACAGAGGAGCAAGACCCAUAUCACCCGCACAGCCUCCGACUUUGGAGGCGCCGGGUCGUCUCGGAACAUCUCCGACCCCGACCAGGACUUUGAGAGAGAGCCUGACUCGGACUCCACAAAGCACUCCACCCCCUCCAACAGCUCCAACCCCAGCAGCCCCCCCAGCCCCAACUCCCCCCACCGCAGCCGGCUGACCCUGGACGGCCUGGAGCACACGCUGGACGGCUGAGGAGACCUCCGCUGCCCCCCCCCUCCUCGUCCUCCACCCCCCCCCCCCCCCCUCCCCUUCUUCCUCCUAACACCCAGAGAAGUCCCCACGCCAACCUCACACACACACGCACACUAACAGAAGAUGCAUACGCAUAUUGAAACCUAGGCUUAAUCACAUGCACCUCCUCCUGACUAGAAAUGAUUUGUUUAAAAGUGCCAAGAUCAAGACUUUGAGAACCUCGCCGUGCACCCCCCUAAACCCUACCUUCUUGACUCGAUUGGGUGAUUUUAGGGUUGGGCCCCCUCUUUCCGUGUUCACCUGCUUACUUCCUAUGCAGGGGGAGUGUGUUAUUAAGUAUAUGGCACUAUGAGCAUUCAUGAAAUUACCCCCCCCCCCCUUCAGCCAACUGCCUGCCCAAACAACCCACUAAUUCAUACACACACACACAGGCAUCUCCAGGCCUAAUGGUGGAGGACCAACACCUUUUGCAAAUGACCCAGAACUCCUUUCUCCACCUCCUAAUUUCCUGAUGGAUUUCAGUGUGUCGUUGCCGGACCCACAAUUUUUUUUUUUUUCUUUCCAUCCUCCUCCUUCUCCCCCUCCCCCCCGCCCCCCCCCCCCCCCCCGCCCGCUGUUGUUGUACCUGUGUGCUUGGGCUUCUGGUGUGAGAACAAUGACAUGGGAUCCUGGAGAUACCUGACUGGGUUGUCCAGAGGCCUGGGCGGGGACUACUCUCUGAGCAGCCAAUGGGGAAGCUUCCUUGUGUGACGAGCAGCAGCUUCGGCGAUUGAGGAAUGACGGCCUCCUUCUGUGGGCGAGGAAUAUUUCUUAGCUAACAGGGUAAAAAAAAAAAAACAGCCCUUGUGUUGAAACGCAGUAGUUUUUUUUGUUUGUUUUCACUUCAGGCCAUUCAUUUGUUCAAGUUUUUAAGGUUCCUUGCUUAGUUUAAGUUAAUACAUAGAGCUGUGAUACGCUGAAUUAUUCAUGGAUUACUGACUAUGGGACACUCACAGAAAGAAAAAAAUCCUUAUGAAUGAUCUUGAUCAUAGGUUUAAGUUUGUGUUUCUAUAAAUAAUUAAGGAGAAAUGCAAGGGAAUAAUAACUUGUUUUGUUUUUAAUGCGUAUAGUAUUUUGAUGGAGAUGUUCAACUCUAUUAGAGGGACACGAACAGAACUGUAAAAAAAAAAGGUGGACCCACUUCAAGGACUACAAAUCCCUACUUUCUCACUACCCCCUACCCCUGCUGUUUGAGGGUUGUAACCCUGUCAGCUGUUCUUGGACCACAUUAUGAGACCAGUACCCUGGAGUUGCCACCUAAAAGACUGUAGGGGUUUAAAGCCAAACCAAUGAGCUUAUUUUACUGCUAUUAUACACUUCCUCCACCAGCCUUUGUAAUAUUAAUUCAUUCAUUCAUGUUUUUAACUUAGAUAUUUGCCAGAAAAUUAUGUAAAGUCGGUGAGACAAUUCACCAUCACUGAGAAUCUGAAAAGAAAAAAAAAAAAUCAAGAGACUGCAAUGUAUUAAUUUCUCGAUUGUGCGUUUUAACUCUGAAGAAAAAAUUGAGAGAAUCUGAGAACGGCUGUUUUAAGAAAAAAAAAUAAGAAAAAAACAAGGACUACGUUACUCAUAGGAUUUUAAAUAAGAGUCCUCCACAAGCUGCUGCUUUUGUGUGCUAUGUUUAAAGAAGACAAAAAAUGCUAGGUAUGCGUGACGACCCGCUUACUAUAGAGAGAACCCUCUGGAACUAGGCUGACCCCCCUCCCCUGUAUGUUUAACUGUUCAAUCAUGACUGCGAAGCAUUUCACAAGAGCGUCCUGUUGUAGAGCUGUAUCGCCUCAAGAGGGAGUGUGUGAAUAGAUGUUUUUUUCCUCCCUCUGGAGUGUGGGAUGUGUCACUGUACAGAAGUGUGACAUACAGGCAUGUGUGACAUCAUAUCCGCUUAUCUCUCGAGUGUGCCUUCAGUGUCCUUUUGUUCAUUUUCGGGUUUGUUUUGUUUUUGUUUUACAGAAUCCACUUACAUACUGAAGCGAUUUGUUUUUGUUUACUCUGUAGGCUGAGGGGCUCUCAGAGACAUGGGUUUUUUUUCUUAUCUUUCAGAAACACUGUAUUCAACUUGCACAUUGUUUUAGUCCAAGGAAGUCCUCUUGAUUUUUGUGUCAGUGAUAUUUCUUGUUCCCCUUUUUAUUUCGUAUGAGUCCCCACCUCCGACUCCCAAUGCUCUACUUCCCCUCCCGGCCUCCCAGGACUUUGGUUUUCAAGCCCUGCUCUCUGAAGAAGAGACUUUCUCCUCAAAAACACUACUGCUUUUUUUUCUCUUAAAAAAAAAAAAAAAAAAUCACCAGUUGAAAUCUUUGUAAUUAUUGAAUUGUUAGCAACAAAAAUUUGAACAGACAAUAAAAGAGUAUCUGUUGUG